AUGCCUUCUUUCCUCGUAAACAAAGUCGCUCUCGCCACUCUUGCCGGGCUCGCUGCACUCCCUUCGGCUUUGGCCCAUGGGCACGUAACUUCUUGGCAGAUCGGUGAUACUACUUACGCUGGUUUCAACCCCUCCAACUCGGCCGAGCUGGGCUCUACCCCCGAGCGAGCCACGACCAACUCUGACCAAGGCUAUGCUGACUACACCACGGAUGUGGUGGCCACGGGUGGGACGGCUACAUCGAGUGACCUUGUCGCGAAUGCUACGGCAGGAGAUACUGUCAUUGUCACAUGGAACACAUGGCCCGAGAGCCACAAGGGGCCUGUCACCCAAUGGAUGGCCCAUUGUCCCGAUGAUCUCUGCGCUGGCACAGCUGGCGCCGACAUGGAUUGGUUCAAAAUCUCCCAGAGCAGCUACGACGAGUCCUCGGACUCUUGGCCCACUGAUUACAUUGCUAAGAACUUGAUUUGGACCUUCACUCUCCCAACCAACUUGGCUGCCGGGCAGUACCUCCUCCGACAUGAGCUGUUGGCAAUGCACACCACUGGUGCUGUAAGUCAUUUCCUUCCUCAAUUCUAUCCUGUUGCCAUCGAGAUGCAGCUCGAAUCAUCCGGGUCCACCACCCCUUCUCCCACUGGCACCUUCCCCGAUAUGUACAACUCCGAUGACGACAUGGCUCUGACUCAGAACAUCUACGGUGGCUCCGCUCUCAACGCAGAGUUUGUGGUGCCCGGUGUCGCUGUCUAUGAUGGCAGCGACGCGACGGUAUCAAACUGGGACUCCACUGGCCUCGAGAACGACUCUACCAGCUCCUCUUCCGCUACCGCUUCUUCUGCCGUUUCUGCCACCACCUCUUCUGCUGGGGCCUCUGCCACUACCUCGUCCGCUGAGACCCUUGUCGAGACUUCCGCUGCCGAGUCUUCCAUCCAGUCCUCCGCUGUCGAAACCUCUGCUGUCGAAACCUCUGCAAUUGAGACCUCUGCCGUCGAGACCAGCGCUGCCGCAACUACCACCAAUGCAGUUAGCGAGGCUGCCACUUCCACCUGCGCUUCGGCCUCUGCCACGGCUAGCGGAGCGAGCGGUACCAACUUGCAGACUUACACUGGUGCUAUUGACGGUAUUUCGGCUCCGUCCGUGACUGCCGACGGCGACCAGUACACUUGCAAUGGAAACACUUUCAACAGCAAGUCUGACGCGCUCACCCGUUCUUGCGACGUACAGAGGAACCAGUGUCUCGACUCUGCCAACAGCAAAGCCAACGACCAAGUCAGCGCUGCCAUGACUGCUUGCGAGACUCAGGCCACAGAAUGCGAUGCUUCUGUCUCUUCUGCACGUCGACGCGACAUGGUCAUCGGACGAUACGCCAAGCGAGCCUUCUAA